GUAGCAGUCCCCUUCUGAUGCCCAAGUCAUGUGUGUCUCUAUUUUAAUUUCAUAUAUAUGUGUAUCGCAUACAUAUAUAUGUAUUUGAAAUUAGACUGUGAUCCCUCCUGGAUAUAUCUUUGGGUUUUCGUUCAGUUCCAAGGGGAUGGUUAUUUUACUUCAGCCUUUGGUUUACUUUUGCCCGAGACCCUUAACAUUUGGAGAAUAAAUUGAGUUAAUUUUCAGGGAGAAGAGUUUGGAAGCGUGUAAAAGCCUGUCUUAGCAAGUUAGGGCAUUAUGUUUAAAAACGCUUUGUCAGAUUUAUUGCUUGCUGCAAAGUGGCAUUUUGUCUUAGUGAGACUAAUGUCAUGGCACAAUACUACAGACAAUGAAGUUUAUAUUAUGUUUAUACUGCUAAAGGUCUGAACUCUGUGGAGUCACUUCAUAAGCUUGGAGCUUUUUUUUUUUUUAUUUUAUAUACUUUUUAACCAAUAACUAGAUUUUGUUUCAUAUUUCAAAAAGCUACAACAUCUAUUUUAGGUACUCACUCCAAGAAGUGAUACCGAAAAAGCAAACCCUAUUCUUCAUGCUUUCCCUAACAGAAAUGAUAAAUACCCUGCACCCGUAAUCGACAUGCCAGGUUGUUGUUUUUCUAAAUUGCAGCAAGGGACGUUUGCACAAAUCAAAUACCACUCGUGCAGGUUGAGGCCAGUAAUUCAUGCACAAAACUGUAUCAACCACACGAAUUGUAGAAUAUGGUCAGCUUGUUAAAACGGAAGCAUUUCACUCUCCAUAGAGUAAAAAUGAAACCUGCAGAGUACUAAAUUGCCACGUCUUGGUCUUACUUUCACUGGCAUCGGUCCCUAAUUUUUUUCCUCUCUUAGCGCAUUCUGCCCCCAGAAAUCCCCUUUCCAAUAUACAGUUUUCUGUCUGUAUUUGACAUCUGUCCUGAAAAGCACUUUUUGAAUGAUCUUAUUGAAGAAAGCAUCUUCACCUCACAGUGCUGAGGCAUAGGAAAAAGAAAAAAAAAGACUUGUUUGUAGCUGUGAAAUAUAAUUAGCCUUUUCCUAAUCAGGAAAAUGAAAAUCACAUUUUCAUAAAAAUCUAAUCAAGCAUAUACAAAAAUUGCAGUGUCCUCCUGGCUAUGCAGGGUUCAGAUAGCCAAACUGGAUUUUGAAAUCACUCUUAUGUGCAGCUUUAAAAAAAAUCCAUUUGAGCAAAGUGCUGCACAUCCUCAGAAGCUGGAGCUAGUCCUGACCAAAAUCUGAGCUACAGUGUAAAGUCCACAAUGGGUCUGGAUUCACCUGAAUGCUGUACCACGAUAUGUCAGCACACGGAAAGAAAGCUAGCUGCUAGUUCUUGUGCUUUCUUAAAUGGCUCUCUUUGUCUCACGUUUUCAGAAAGGUAUUGUCUCCAAAAGUUUGGGGGAAGGUUGAAUAUGCUAUAGCACUCUGUAUUUGUCAUUUUCUCUGUCGUCUUUUGUACAGAUGCAGUAAGAAUUUAUUGUUAUCGUCAAUAGUGUUUUCCCCUACACAUUUCAGUCUGAAUCUAGAGGAAGUUCCUAAUUAGCUGAGGAUUGCAUUUAGACCCUCGAGGAUAUUGAUAUCCUGUUUCUUUAUUUUAAAAUUACAUUUUGACUUUGGAGAGUGAAAGUUUACCCAUGUGACUAAAGAGCUGACCUGAUCAUUGCAAUUUCACUUCAUUUACAAAUACUGCUGAUGGACAGAAAUGUAUGAAAGCAAUUAUUGUCAGCAGAAAGCCUUAAAAACCUGCUGACUUCAAAUUAAACAGCACAACCCUACGAUUCCCUGUCAUUAUUUUCAAGAACUGGCAGUAUCUGUGGAGUAUAGGCAAUGCCGACAAUAGCAUGGGAUGAAGUGCCAACAUUUUCACUAUGCAUUAAAAGCUAAACAAAUCUUGAUCUUAAACUCCCUAAGAGUACCUAACACUGUACGUAUCCUCACGGUAGACAGGAUGUGUCUCUUUCUUUUCUUCUGUUUUGUUUUACUUCUUUUCCCCUUUUUUUUUCUUUUAUUCUUGUGCACAAUUUGGUAAACAUUACACUUCAUAAUGAUGUAACUCCAGUGAAUUCUGAGUAAGAAAGGAUGAAAAUUGUGUUCACGCACCUUUCUUUUCUUUCUUUCUUUCUUUCUUUCUUUCUUUCUUUCUUUCUUUCUUUCUUUCUUUUUUUUUUUUUGAUUUAUGGGAAGAAGUGGCAUAAAAUGCUCAAGUUUUAAUACAGCAAGUUCAUCAUUGGCAUACCAUCAGAUACAAAACAUAACACUGCAUUGUCACCUUGGACAUAAGAAAGCAAAGCCAUACUUUAGUCAUAAUAUGUGGACAUACUACUAGCUACCAUCUUAAUCUGUGAUUUUACCAUUACUUUUAUUAUGUUUAUUACUAUUAUUAUUAUUAAUAUGAUAUUAUUAUUAUUAUUAUUAUUUGGCUGCAAUGUGAUUCACAUAAUCUAAAUAAGUGAAAUUGUGUACUCAACACUUGAUGUUGUUGCAUUUAUUUAUUUAUUUAUAAGUAGCAUAAUCUCAAUAGUAAAUGAGGCAUAGGAAUUAAGAGUAGAAAAUUUCACCUUAAGAGAACAAUAAAAACUCCUUGGUCUGAAAAAGGAUGAUUUGAUAAUUUCAGUCAUGUGAUUCUUCUGUAUUUUAUAGCCAUAUUGCCUUUGUGCCUCCCAGUACACCUAAAAACACGGCAAAGCUCCUACUAAAUUCAAGUAGAAAAAAGUUUGUUUUUUUCAAGCGAUCUCAAUAUUCUUUCACUAAUAAUGGCUAAAAGGCAGGAGGCUACGUUUAUUGUAAUGAAAAGUUUACGUAGGGAAAGAAUUUCAAAUUCCAUAUAGAAAUCCCAUGUUGCCGUUCAUUUACUGCUAAUUCAGAUUUAUUUCUGCAUAUAAACUUGAGGUUAUAGUCUGUGCCUAGACCUUAAAUGCACCAGCGGAAGGAUAAAAAAAAUCCUUCAAAAUACCAGUUUUUCCCCACAAGUACAAUUGUUCUUGUGCCUUCUGUGGCUUACAAUUUUCAUCUUUUAAACUUUAUUUUUCAAUUACUACAGCUGCAAUAAACAGUAUUUUUUUUUUCCGGCUGUUUGACAUACUGUUGAUAGCUAUGCAUAUUUUGUGUCUUUUUAAAAAUUAAAAAAAAAAAAAAACCACAAAAAAAAAAAGCAGGAGAAUACGUUUUUGAAGAAGAGAAUUUUUAGAACAGUUUGAUAAUGCAAAUUAUUUUUUCUCAAUUGUUUGAGCAGCAUUCAAGUUUUGAAAAUUCUUGUAGAAGCCAAUUUUUUGUAACUGUGGUGCAAAUCUUGUGUUUUCUUAGCCUGAUGAAAAGUAGUAUAGAAGCAAUAUUUCAUACGUGACAUAUGUGCAGAUACAUAUACAUAUGUAGUCACACACAGCCAGGAUGCGUGUGUACCUAUGUAUAUAUACACUGAAACAGACACACACACACACAAAAUAUGCGUAUGAAGUGAAAAGCUUACCUUUUUCCUAUCUAGAUUAAGAACCUAUUUUAGACAUUUGUUAUGUUUUGUGAAAAGAAUGUUCUAUUUGAAACUACAAAACAUUUAAUUCUUACUGUAUCUCUGGUUGUUUAAUGGGAACGUUUCACAUUUAAUGGUAAACACGUGGAAGAUGUUAGAAUGUAGUAAUUAUUUAAGAAAGUGUUCACCCAUGUAUUCCUGAGGUUUGCUUUGUGCCUCUGAGUAUUAUUUAAUUAAAGUGUUUUAAGUUUGCAGAAUCUUUGUUACUGUACCAGGUAUGUGGGUGAACAUUGAAAACCGAGGGGAACUUUUAUAAAGCAAUGUAAAUAUUCAACCUUAAGGCUGUUCUUGCGUAAAGACAUAAGAUUUUAAUAACUACAUUCUGAAAACAUCUGUUGAAUUUAUAAGGAACACUACAGUAACUGUAUAGAUAGUUGAAAGCAUUCUUGAAAAUCCAGCUCUCUACUUUUAACAGUUAAGUCUUUCAUCAGAUGUCAAGGGAAUGGGUAAUACGGUUUCUGUAAAAUCGCAGAAUUUUUUUCUAUGUAUAGGAAGUCAGUUAAUAGAAAAAUGUUUUUUUUUCCACAGGUUAAUAUUGAUUAAGAAAUAAAGGUGAAGAUUUUGUGGCUUUAAAGAUAGGAUUUUCACCAGCAGCAUUGAAAGAUUAUACGUAUAUAUAUAUACAGAAAGAUAUAUAUAUAUAGAAAAAUGGAAAGUGGUUUACAAAACCCCCAAAAUGAGCACUGUACAUGAGAAGCGAAAGCAAAAACUAUAUUUGCCAUGUGUAUUAUAUAGUAAUCAUUGGUGUUGAUAGUGCAAAUGUUUCCUUCUGGUACCAACUAUGUGUUUGAAAAUUUCAAUACGCAUUGUUUUCAAAAAGCUCCCCUUAAGGAAUGUAACUGGUUUAUAUGAGUAAGCAGUUACUGUAUUGCACUUAAAUGUUCUGUUGAAGGAAAUGCAAUUUCGUUUUCUGUAGAACUGUUGGUUGUAAACCAUCUAUAAACUGAAGCUAAAAAUGCUCAUAUUUAGAGCUGGGAUGAAAACUGGUAUUUAACCUUUGUAUCUUCUUAGGAAUAUCCUUUUUAGUGUAUGAAAGGUGGUGGCACUACGACUUUGUUUAGUCUUUUCAUCUGAGCCACAGUCACCUCUCUCCCAAAGCAGCCACCUUCCAAAUGCACAAAUACACUGGGAUACGUAGAAACAAAUCUAGGAGAAACGGCGAGCUCACAUUUUUUCUCUAAAAUCCAUCCUUUCUGUAUUAAUUAUACCACUCGAGUGAAAUAUUAGACAAACACAAUAACCAUCUCAUUGCCGCGUAACGUGGAAGAGUCAGAAACUUAAAAAGAAGGAGGAAAAGCCUCAUUAGGUUGGUUUUAAUGCUGCCCAGAAGAGUCAAAGGUUAAGGUUUAAACUGAUAUUGUCCCAGCCAUUACUCAUAUGUAUAUAGUUACAAAAGUGACAAAACACUGCCUUUAUAUUAUUUAGCAAUAUGUUGUAAAUAGCAUUAUUAAGCUCUUUUUUGUAAUAAAGACCCUUUAAUUUGAAGAUAGUACAAUAAUUGAACUGAUAAAGUCAAUUUUUGAUUUUUUUUUAUUUUAUUUUUUAGCUAGAGGCAAUUUCAACUGUGGAUUUUUUUGUUGUUGUCUAUUGUUCUGAAGACUUUGCAUAAUUUAUUGGUUUAAUUUAUCCUAAUUUAUUUGAUGAAGGUGUACAAUUUUGUAUUACCAAGGAUGUACUGUAAUAUGAAUUGAUGACAAGAUAAAACAAUAAGACUCCCCUGUCCGUUUGAAAAAAAAGGUGCAGUAGACAAUUGAUUGAAAAAAAAAGUUACAAUUCUAGCUUGGCAGCUACUAAAUUUAAGAUAAACACAGGAAAAAUGUUUGGGGGGGUGGAUUUUAUUUUGUGUGUUUAAAGCUUUUGUAUACUCUCCAGACUUUUACCUUUUUGCUUUGUACCACUUAAAGGAUACAGUAGUUCAAUUGCCUUGUGUGCCUUCCAUCUUCUCUAAACUGAAUGUAUGUGCAGUAUAUAUGCAAGCUUGUGCAAAAUAAAAUAUAAAUUACAA